AUGACUAGAGAUUAUGGGAUAAUUCCUCAAAUUGAGCACUAUGGUUGUAUGGUUGAUCUUUUCAGCAGAGCAGGACUUCUUCAGGAGGCUCGGGAGUUUAUUGAGAACAUUCCAAUAGAGGUAAAUGGGGUUGUGUGGGGAACUCUCCUUGGUGGCUGCAAAGUUCACAAGAACAUUGAAUUGGCCGAAGAAGCUACCAAACACUUAGCUGAAUUAGAUCCUCUAAAUGAUGGAUACUACGUGGUUUUGUCGAAUAUCUAUGCGGAAGCAGAAAGAUGGGAAGAUGCAGCGAGGGUGAGGAGAUUGAUGAGAAAUCGAGGGAUUAAGAAAACACCCGGUUGCAGCUCUAUCGAGGUUGAUGGAAUUAUUCAUACUUUUGUUGCUGGGGAUGACAGCCAUCCUCAAAGUCCGAAGAUGUUUCAACUGUGGGAAAAACUGCUGGGAGAAAUGAAGCAGCGGGGAUAUGCACCUAACCUAUCAGUUGUUCUUCUGGACACAGAUGAGGAAAGCAAGGAGAAAUUUCUGUACCGUCAUAGCGAGAAACUAGCACUUUGUUUUGGACUUCUAAACAUUUCACCUAAAACACCAAUCAGAAUAAUGAAGAACCUUCGAGUCUGUGAGGAUUGUCAUGUUGCUUUCAAAUGUAUCUCAGCAAUUGCGAACCGAGAGAUAAUUGUUCGCGAUAGGAACAGGUUCCAUUGUUUUAAAGACGGAUUAUGUUCUUGCCAGGACUACUGGUGA